CUCCAGAUAGCGUUUCCCAGCCUUUCUGGACGACGUCUCCCGUGGGAGCACCCACCGCGCCGCCCUGUCCGCGGGUUCGGCCUCGGUUGCUGGGGUUAGGUUUAUGGUUGGGCGUAGCAAAAUGUAACUACUGGGGUUGGGGUGAGGUUAGCCAUCACAGACGACGACUGCUUGGCGUUACGGAUAGGAUUUGUUUGAGAUUUAGACCGGUAGUCUGAGCGCCUCGCUGUAGGCGCGCCUGACGCUGCUCGCCUCUCAUUGGGAGUGAGGACGCUCAGACCGAAGGGAGGAAGGUCCGGUGGAAACUUGAGGACAUGCGGCGUCCUCCGCAGACUUCGCUCAGACCAAACUUUGUCCGAGCCGAAGGAAGACCCGAGGCGUGACGAAUGAACUGAACCGCAGCAGCGAGGAAGAGCCGUUCGCUCCCAUUGAUCCCGGACCGAGGGCUCCUGUAGUAAAGAUGCAGGCUGCUGCUGCUCUGGCCCUGACGGUCCUCUUCAGCCUGGACUGCCUGUGCGCCCACCGGUCAGAACCGAACCAGACACAGCACCGGAACGACGGAAACGCCCGCAACAAUGAGACAGAAGCGAAGCAGAGGAGCCAGCCGCACAUCAUAUUCAUCCUCACGGACGACCAGGGCUUCAAUGACAUCGGCUACCAUAACCCGACCAUCAAGACUCCCACUCUGGACAAACUGGCGGCGGAGGGUGUUAGGCUGGAGAAUUACUAUGUUCAGCCCAUCUGCACCCCGUCACGCAGCCAGCUCAUCACUGGCAGAUAUCAGAUCCACACAGGACUACAGCACUCCAUUAUCAGACCCAGCCAGCCGAGCUGUCUGCCCUCACACAUGGACACGCUGCCUGAGAGGCUCAGAGAGGCCGGCUACACCACACACAUGGUCGGCAAGUGGCACCUAGGCUUCUACAGGAGAGCAUGUCUCCCCACCAGAAAGGGUUUUGACAGUUUCUUUGGUUCCUUAACAGGAAGUGUGGAUUACUACAGUUAUGGGUCCUGCGAUGGCCCGGGGUUGUGCGGGUACGAUCUUCACGAUGACGAGGGCGUGGCGUGGGGCCAGGAAGGAAAAUACUCCACCAUGCUCUUCACACAGAGAGCUCGCAAGAUCCUCGAGAGUCACGAUCCUGCAGGCAGGCCGCUUUUCCUGCUGCUGUCCCUCCAGGCCGUCCACACUCCUCUACAGCCUCCUAAGCCCUACAUCUACCCCUACCGUGACAUGGCUAAUGUUGCCAGGAGAAAGUUUGCCGCCAUGGUGUCCACGGUGGACGAGGCGGUCCGAAAUGUCACCUAUGCCCUCAGAAAGUACGGAUACUACAAGAACAGUGUUAUCAUCUACUCCACCGACAACGGCGCCCAGCCGUUUACAGGAGGCAGCAACUGGCCGCUGCGAGGCCGCAAGGGUACGUAUUGGGAGGGUGGAGUCCGUGGCGUGGCGUUCGUACACAGCCCUCUGCUGAGACGCAGGAGACGGGUCUCCAGAGCUCUUCUCCACAUCACUGACUGGUUCCCCACACUGGUGAGCCUGGCCGGGGGGAACGUCAGCCAGAGUCAGGGCCUGGAUGGUUUUGAUGUUUGGCCCACCAUCAGCGAAGGGCAAGAGUCACCUCGUCAGGAGAUCCUCCACAACAUCGACCCCCUUCACAAACCCCCGGCUCAAACCAUGACCUGGGACGCGGGCAGGGAGGGAGCCUCAGCACGCACAUCAAAAGGCCCAGCAUUUAAAAAGCCAAAGAAGAAGAAGAAGAAGAAGAAGAAGAAGAAGGUCUUAAAGCAGCAACCAAAGCAGAAGUCAGCCUUCAAGUUAAAGACCACCAAGAAACCUCGGACAUUUUCUCAUCAUGCUGUUAAACCUAAACUCAAACCUAAAUCCGAGCCCCUUCCCAAACUGAAGUAUAAGCCCCUCCCGAAAUCAAAGCCCAUACCUAAACCCAAGACCAAAGCCUACUUUCAGCAUCGGUCCCUGUCCCAUUACAGACCAGAUCUGAAGUCCUACUCCAGCGGUACUCCGUCAGAGUCAGGAGCAUCCCACCUCAAAUCCCAGCGUCAGGUCCAGUCACAUUUAUGGUCAAAGUCCAGGCGGACGAUGUCCAAGAAGCAGCACUUGUCACGGUCGGGAUCACCUCAGCCAAAAUCCCAGACACAGUUCAAAUUACAUGUAAAGUCAAAGUCCAGGAGGAUGUUAUCCGAGUACCAGAACAUGUCCCAGCCAGGAGCAUCUCUGCCCAAAUCCCAUCCAACGCCCCAGUUUAGGCCUCAGUCGUCCCAGUCAGUAUGGGACUCAUCAGUCCAGGCCGCCAUCAGGGUUGGAGACUGGAAGCUGCUAACAGGAGACCCAGGCCACGGAGACUGGGUCCCCCCACAGGUACUCCCUACUCUGCCUGGUCGCUGGUGGAAUCUUGAACGCACCUUCUCGUCUUCCUACAAAUCCUCCAUCCACAAAAACAUCUGGCUUUUCAACAUCACAGGUGACCCCUACGAACGGCAGGACCUGGCAGACCAGAGGCCGGAUGUGGUCCAACGGCUGCUGGCGCGGCUCGCUUACUACAACCAAACGGCCGUGCCAGUUUACUUCCCCCCCGAUGACCCUCGAGCCAAUCCCAGCCAGCACGGUGGCGCCUGGGUGCCCUGGGUGGACGAAGAGGAGGGCGAGGAGGGAAAAUAUCAAGGGGUGUACAAGAAAGGUAAGAACAACAAGAAGAAGAGGAAGAAGAAGAAGUGCCGGCUGUGCAAGCUGAAGUCCUUCUUUCUGAAACUGAACACCAGGAUGAUGUCCAAUCGGAUCUGAGGUGUCGACUCGGCCAGGGACAGAUUUUUAACCAAUGAGAUGAAUCCGUCAAAGACUUAAACAUUUCAAAAUGGUGCUUUUACAUCGUUACAUCUGCACUUCCUAAAACCGGUGAAAAACAGUGGUGACCAGGUGAGUUAACUCCUCCGCGCUCAGUUGAAGUAAACCUCCUUCAGGAACUUUCUCAAACAUGUCCAUUCACUGGCUCCACUCCUCUACUUGUUCCUCCAAGUUUCUCAGUCACCAGUCUUCAGUAUAAAAGCCUUGACGAUCAUGCGGUCUGUGAAUUAUUCUGAGUAACUCAAGUAUUCGGGACGUUGUCUCCAAGUGGGGCUUUCAGUUGAUGUGGAUGCAGACAUGGACGCCAAGGAAUGAAAUUGAAAACGUCUGCAUGGUUGAUCCAAAUAGGAUUAGGUAGGAAAGUCUUUUUCUGCGAUGUGGGCGAGGUGACGCUUUUUUAAAUUAUACAGGGAUGCCAGGGGUGGUUUUCUCACUGCCGUUCUAAAAGGUCGUGACUGCUUUUAGUUUCACCGUGUCAGCCGUCUGCUCGUUGUAUUGUUAUCCCCUUUUCACUUUUAAUCGCUCUCAUACUGAUAGAGUUGCUGGCACAAGGGCUGACUUUGCAUUUGACAUUAAAAUGUAUAUUGAUACUGUAAAUGAUUUAUUUGGGUCAAACUUCAAACAGGAAGCUAUUACUUUCAACAGUCUCGGUGAAGUGAUGUUGACUUAGUUUACUGUAUGUUUACGCCGACUAUUCGUAUACUCAGAAAUCCAAAUUAAGGGUUUAGAAGCAGGUGUUUACGGUGACAGUGCAUGAUCAUGAUCAUUAUAUAUCACUUUGUUUUUUUACUUUGUUUUUCUUUGUUCUUUCAUAAACAAGA